UUAGUUACAUGUAUUAACUAUUCAUGCUGGAAAUUGACUAAAUUUUGUUUUCUUGAUGCAAUCUUUUGUUGGAACGAAUGUGGGGGACAUUGCUUUGUGGGAACUGGGCUCCAAUGAGCGGUUGUUGAUAAGGAACUUGAAAGUGUGGGAUCUUAUUGCUUGUUCAAUGCUCUUUCAGGGAGCAGAGGAGAUAGUUGAAGUUGAGUUGAGGAAAGAGGGAAAAGUUGAAAUUGGAGUGUAUAAGAAUUAUGCUGUCUUCACUGGCUGGUUCAUGACAAUCAUUAUAUGCCUAUCAGCUAUUCUGAUGCAAGCUUCUCGUAAUGGAAAUGAUCUAUGGUUGUCAUAUUGGGUUGAUACAACAACAGAAAGCAGUCAGACAAGAUAUUCUGUGUCUUUCUAUCUGGCUAUACUGUGUCUCUUUUGUAUUAUUAAUUCCUUUUUCACAUUGGUGAGGGCAUUCUCUUUUGCUUUUGGUGGAUUACAAGCUGCAACUAAGGUACACAAUAAAUUGCUCAACAAGCUUAUGAAUGCACCUGUCCAAUUCUUUGAUCAGACCCCUGGUGGGAGAAUACUGAACAGGUUAUCUUCAGAUCUUUAUACUAUUGAUGAUUCACUUCCAUUCAUUCUGAACAUUCUCCUAGCGAAUUUCGUAGGCCUGUUGGGUAUUACAAUAAUUUUGUGUUACGUACAGAUUUUCUGUAGGUCUUCUUCUUACUCUUGCUAUUGCCAUUUUGGUAUAUCUACAGUAGACUUCAGUUCUUCUACAGGUCAACAUCGAGAGAAUUUCGACGACUCGACAGUGUUUCACGUUCUCCAAUAUACUCAUCAUUCACUGAAACACUUGAUGGAUCAUCAACUAUUAGGGCGUUUAAAUCUGAGGACUUUUUCUUUACCAAAUUCACUGAACAUGUAACCUUGUACUAGAAGACUUCCUACACAGAGAUAGUAGCAAGUUUGUGGCUUUCCUUGCGUCUUCAGGUAGGAUUGGCCCUCUCAUAUGCAGCUCCAAUUGUGUCCUUAUUGGGAAGUUUUUUAUCAAGCUUCACUGAAACAGAAAAGGAAAUGGUUUCAGUUGAAAGAACUCUUCAAUACAUGGCCAUUCCUCAAGAAGAACAAACUGGAAGCCUAUACUUGAAUCCAGAUUGGCGAAGUCAAGGAUUUAUAUUUGAUUGUGUUACUUUGAAAUAUAUGCCAUCUUUGCCAGCUGUACUCUGCAAUCUUAGUUUUAGAAUUGCUGGAGGAACCCAAGUCAGUGAACUACUUCUGAAUUUGUACUGAAGUUUUCUUAGGUUCCACACCCAUUAGGUUGGAAUAAUUGGAAGAACAGGUGCUGGAAAGUUCAGUGUGUUAAAUGCUCUUUUCCGUCUUACUCCAAUAUGUACAGGCUCCAUUUCAAUUGAUGAUAUUAAAAAUAUUUCUGUCAGAGAACUACGUAUUGCAUAUCAAUAAGAUUUGGGGACGAGAAGAUA